GACAUAAAACACUGACACCUGUAUGUUCCAGGUGUUUCCAUGCACCUGACAUCAAACACUGACACCUGUAUGUUCCAGGUGUUUCCAUGUACCUGACAUCAAACCCUGACACCUGUAUGAGUCAUCAUGGCUGAGGGAAGACAGGGAGGACAGACAGGUGCUGAGAGAUGGGUAAUCUUGUUGAUCAAUGACGAGUAUGGAACUUCCAAGGGGGGAGUUUCUACCAUCAACCUCGAGGCGGUUCAAACCCUGAGGGGCAAGGCAGUGAAGGACAAGACAGUCGUGUACGCCACAGCCCUGCGUGUGCCCAAACAAGACCAGGAGGCAGCAGACAGAGACGGCAUCACACUGAUCACACCCUAUCAGUCAGAAGGGGACAAGAGAGAGCCAUCCCUAGACUGGCUAACCCUUGAAUUCAAGAGCCACUUCCCAAAAUCAACGCUAUCAUCACAUGAAUACCAGGAAAGCCGCGGCCCCAAAUCGACGCUACCACCACAUGUUGAUGUCAUCGUCGGCCACGCUGACAUCACAGACACGGCAGCGCGAAACAUCCACGAUGAGUACUACAUGGAGGCAGACCUCAUCAUGUUCACUCACGUCUUACCCGAGGACACUGAAUACUUUAAGGGAGGUCAGAGGGUCAUGGAAGCUUCGGAGAAAGAGAGGAUUAUGAUUGAGCAAGUUCACAACGCAAAGGCAGCUUUCUCUGUGGGUCACCGGAUCUUCAAGCAUUUUCAGAAUAAGUACAGAGGAGUCAAGAAACCAAGAGAGCACCACCUAUUCUUCCCAAGGCCAUCCAAGAUAUUUGAAGAGGUCAACAUCCAACCUGACAGCGGGGAAGGUGAGUUGGUGGUCCUGUCUUUUGGGAGGGUGAAGAAUGUUGAGAAUCUAAAGGGUUGCAACCUUGCAGGAAGGGCCAUUGGGAUUGUCAGAAAGUAUCUGGAGUCUCUGCGAUGGAUUGCGUGUGGAAUCAGUGAGGAUGGUUGGGAAAAGAGCUUGAAGAUCCUGGAAGAGGCCCUGAACAGCGGUGACCUGAGACCCACCCUGCGGCCGUACGGGACCCAGGAGGAGAUUAUGGAGGACAUGAUGACGGCCCACCUGGUCCUGAUGCCAUCCCGCUCUGAGCCGUUUGGGCUGGUUGGCCUGGAGGCCAUCGCAGCAGGCAUCCCUGUCAUCAUCUCUGACAAGUCAGGACUAGCGGAUAUGAUCAAGAAGCUCGUUGCUGAGGAGAAGUUGCCACCAGGUCUCAACAACAGAAUCGUGGAGACCAGUAUGCGAGACAGCGACUUGGACAAAACUGCUGAAAAGUGGGCUGACAAAAUCCGUGACACUCUGACCGACACUGACAGAGCAUUCAGAGAUGCAAAGGAGUUCAAAGAUGCGCUUCUGAAGUCAAAGUACUGGGAGGACUCUGAGAGAGAGUUCCUGCAAGCCUGCAGUAUCAUAGAGAUCACUCUUAAAGAUGUGGAUAAGGCAGCAGCAGAGUACAAAGCAGCAGUAGAAGAUGUCAUCUCUAAGAUAAGCCAGCAAGUGGACAACCUGGACAGGGAACGCAAAGCAACUGCAGAGAACUGUGAGCAGGUAGAGAAAGAGGUCAAGCAGCACUACGAAGAGUUGAUCUCCAAACUCCAGCAGGAGAAACAGGAGAUGAUCAGCAAGAUACAGAAGAUCAAGGAAGACAGGGAAAGGGAACUGACUCGGGAGAAAGAAAAACUGGAGACAGAACUGGAAAACAGCAAGGAAGAGGAAAACUUCUUUGAGCAGAUUUUAGACCGUAAAGAUGACACAGAAGCCGCCUUGAGAGAAUUAAGAGAAAGGCUCCAACAAAUGGAAGAAAAGGUAGACAAACUCUCCAUGCAGGAAACAGGCAACAACAGUUUGGUAGGUCAACCAAAACUGACCUUCAAACAACUCCUAUCCAAGGUUCCUGGAGGUUCCUUGUCAGAGUCAGUUAGGUUCACUAUUGAUGUAGAAGGGCCCGCAGUAGAGAGUCUACCCUGCUCUGUCACAAUUACAACUAACAAUGCAGAUCUAACAGGUGGGAAAGUUGCACCACAGAUAGAAGUGACCUCCCCCCAGGGUAAAAUCACCCUCAUACAAACAACAGCACACACUAGUCCCCCACUAGCUGCAGGGAAGGGACAAACCAGCAGAGUUAGCAGGGUCUGGGGUGCAGAGUGGAGACCUCAGCAGUCAGGCAAACAUACACUGGGGGUCUGUAUGGGGGGUACGAAGGAUCUGGGUUCUCUCACUGUAGAUGUGAGCUGUAACAAUCCUGUAGUGAGGCUUGGGGAGAACGGUAGCCAGCAGGGGCAGUUUGAGAGUCCUUUCGAUGUAGCAGUCAGGGGGGACAGGCUGUAUGUGGCUGACAGGAACAACCAGCGUGUUCAGGUGUUUGAUCUGAGUGGGAAAUUUUGUCACUCAUUUCCUACUGGCUGGCCUGAAGGACUUGCAGUUCAGACUGAUGGCACCAUAGUGGUGUACUCUGGGAAGGAAGUGAGGAAAUUUUCCCCAUCAGGAGAACUGCUGCACAAAUUUCCUUUAGGUAAAUAUUGCGCAGUCCCCUAUGGGCUGGCAGUACAGAGGGAUGGGAGGGUUGUGUUAGCUGAUCGAGUCAAACACAGCAUCUUCCUGUUUGAGGCAGAUGGGACACUGGUGAAACAGGUGGGAGGGUGGGGGGAGGGGGAGGGGCAGUUUGGUCAGCCACUAUUUGUCUGUGUGGAUAAAGAAGACAACAUCAUUGUGGCAGAUAAAGAUAACCACCGUGUUCAGGUGUUUGACAGGAAUCUGAACUACAAACACAAGUUUGGUCAGUAUGGCAGACAGCCACAGGACAUGCAGUAUCCUACAGGGGUGUCAGCUGACAGCAGGGGGAACAUAGUUCUGGCAAACUGUUGGAAGGAUGAUAUUCAGGACGUGUUCCGCCCAGACGGCACCUGGGUGUCCACCAUCAGCAGUGAUGGGGACAAAUGUCCCCUUGGGGUGGCUGUGACAGAGGAUGGACAUGUGUUUGUAGCUUAUCAUGGUAACCACUGUAUCAGGAAGUACAGAUACAUGUAA